UACACAUACGCCUGACAGUCACACUGAAGCCAAACAAAGGCGUUCGGUAAAGAAAAUCAACGUAACACGUGGCUACCGUAAGUCGAUAUCAGUCAAUACACAAACAUAGACAACAACCAGGAAGUGUUACAUGAGCAGUCAUCACAUGCUCCACCAACCUCACAGUCUCGUUCUCUACCCCUGACGAUGGCAAGUCCUGGAGUUACUCCUCUGGAAGGUGCAAGAAACAGGUACAUCAGUGAACUGAUAUCUCAGACACAGAGUGCCCUUGGAGACGUCCCGUUGGAAUUACAGAGACAGAUUCUACAUGAGAUACACAACACCUUACACACAGGUUUAGAUAACGUUGAAGACAGGAUUAGGUCAUAUGGUGAAGACUUCUGUAAGCCAGACUUGGACCAAGAAGGGCUGACACGGACAUUUCACCAGUUGAAGUACAUGGAAGCUCUUUUGAUGCAAACCUUUCGCAAUAGAAGAACAGAAUUAGAAAUUGAUAAAAGUGAAAUUGUAGGUACUGGUGUAGAUGACGCCGACUACAUCCACCUGAAGGUAUUCCAACUGUGUCAACCGGAUCUGCUUCACAGUGUAAGCAUUGAAUGCACAUGCAUUCUGGACAGACUGAUGCAAGAUCAGCUUCUGACGGACGAUGAACGGGAAAGCAUUAUCGCCUUAAACCCCACAUCCCGGCGAAGAAAUGAGGCCUUCUUGGAUGUCAUGAGAGGUCGACUUUCCUAUGCAACUUUGAUGAAUAACUUUAUACCAGCUAUUGGGGAAGAUUAUCCAGACGUUGCAAAGAAGUUGAGUGAAACAGCACAACAUCUGAAAGCCAAACCAUCAAAAAUCAAUGUCUGUGCCGUUUGCAAUAUGAAGGAAAAUGUCCAAGUCAAGCACCUCGCUGAACACCUUUCAGAACAUGGUGCAGUAUCCACUGAUGAUUAUCGGGUACUGAGAAACACUCACACAUCUAACACCGAAAAAUGGUCAUACCGUCUAAGUAAAUUGACCAACUUAAGCCACAUUACUGAGGCCAUAAAAAUACGUUAUCCGCAAAUAUACAAACAACUUCAGCGCCAAAACAAACUUGAUCUCAGAUGCAACUGUUCAUCGCUAGAGGGAGGAAAUGACAGCUGUUCCGCAGAAAAGAAGUCUGCAAGUAACCCUGUGUCUGAUGUUGGACGUCUGUCUGAUCUGGAAUCUCUGUUCGAAACAGGUUUAUGGGUGACAUCAGGAUCAUUGUCACAGAUGGAAUAUCAAGUAAGUUCCAACCCUAAGGGUAUGGCAAUUAUCAUUUGUAAUCCCAAAUCAAACCCACAUGAAGAAAUACAUCGGUACUAUGUAAAUGAUGCUGCUAAGCUUUACAGAACAUUCCAGAAGCUUGAAUUUGAUACUCGACUCUAUAGAAACAUUUCUAAAACAGACAUGAUAGCACUCUUGGCCAGGGUUGCAGAGAUGGAUCAUAGUCAGUUUGAUGCUUUUGUGUGUGUUAUCCACACUGAAACGAAGAUCAUAAAUUAUCGCCAUUGUGUCCUUGAUGCAAAUGCAGCUCCAGUGCCUUUCAAAGAACUGAAAGAUAUGUUCAAUGCAUCAGGAUGUCCUACUCUAGUUGGUAAGCCAAAAGUGUUCUUCAUCCCGAGUGGAGAGAGGGAUAACUUCAUGUCUGGCGUUAAAGCCAGGAAGGGAACUGAACAGGAUAUUUCUGUCCCUAUGGAAGCUGAUUUUCUAGUACUUCGUGCUACAGUACCAGGAUUUAAUGUUAUUGGUGAUGAUGAAUUCAGUGGAUCUUUAUGGGUAAAGAAGUUUACUGAAAUGAUGGACACACAUUCAAAUGAUGCUGACCUGGUGACCUGCAUGACCCAUCUUGCAGCUGACAUAAGCUGCCAGGACCUGUGGGAUGUCUGCAAACAGAGUCCCCACAUUGAAAGUCCACUGAGAAAACCAUUGUUCUUCAGGGAGAGGAUUCCAGAUCAGGUAUCAUCUGGGUAAAGUAAGUUGUUGAAUAAAAGCGUUUGUACUCA